UACCCUCCUCAUUCUCACUCCCUGCCCCUCUGUAGGUGCACCUCGUCUUCAGCUGUGUGUGUUCAGAGUGUGUUUUCUGUUUUCUCUUCGCCGGGACUGUGAGACUCCUGUGGGACUGACUGGACUGAGUGCGCACUGACCCACACUGCUGAGCCAAACAGGAAAAAAAGAAAAAGCGCGCAGACUGACUGGGCGGACUUGCGCUUGUGCUCUCACCCUGUUCUCUGGCUUCUGGGCUUGUUCAAGCACUCUGUCCUCUUGUCCUGAAUCUGCAGUCGGAUCAUGGUGGUCCUGCCGGGGAUUUACGCGCUCCCCCUUGCGCUGCUGCUUGGUUGCGCUCAGUGCACCUCCGACCAAAUCCCGACAGAAAAACUACUUGUUCUCACUGUCGCCACACGAGAGACUGAUGGCUUUCUCCGCUUCAUGCAAUCUGCAAAUUACUUCAAAUAUUCAGUGAAGGUGUUAGGGAUGGGUGAGGAAUGGAAGGGAGGAGACGUGGGACAUUCCAUUGGUGGAGGACAGAAGGUCCGACUGCUCAAGGAAGCAAUGGAGGCUCUGGCUGACCAAGAAGACCUGGUGAUCCUCUUUGUGGACAGCUAUGACCUAAUCUUUUCCGGAGGGCCAGAGGAGAUCUUGAGCAAGUUCCAGCAGGUCAAUCAUAAGGUGAUUUUUGCUGCAGAGGGUGUGAUCUGGCCGGAUGCGCACUUGGCGGAGAAGUACCCGUACGUCCGCAGUGGAAAACGCUUCCUCAACUCUGGAGGCUUCAUUGGCUACGCCCCAUACAUCAAUAAGAUUGUGAAGCAGUGGCAGCUGCACGACAACGACGACGACCAGCUCUUUUACACGAAGAUCUACGUGGAUCCGCUGCAGAGGGAAAGUCUUAAUAUGACUCUGGACCACAAGUGCCAGAUAUUUCAGAAUCUAAACGGAGCAGUGGAUGAAGUUUUGAUGAAGUUCGGGACCGAGAGAGUUCGGAUCAGAAACAUCGUCCAUGACAGUCUUCCUGUGGUCAUCCAUGGCAACAUAAACACCAAAAUUUAUUUGAACUACUUGGCUAAUUAUGUCCCAAAUGUCUGGACCUAUGAGCGAGGCUGUACCAUCUGUGAUCAAGACAUGUUGGAUUUGUCUCAACUCACAGAAUAUCCAAGAGUAAGGAUCGGAGUGUUUAUUGAGCAGCCGACUCCAUUCCUUCCCGAGUUCCUGCAGCGGCUCCUGACUCUGGAUUAUCCCAAAGAUAAACUGGACAUCUUCUUCCAUAACAACGAGGUUUACCACGAGAAGCACUUACAGGCAUUCUGGGAGGAGAACAAAAAUGUAUUUCAUAGUUUCAAGGUUGUUGGCCCUGAGGAGAUCUUGAGCCAAGGAGAAGCAAGGAACCUGGGCAUGGACUUGUGUCGAAGGGAUCCUGAGUGUGACUACUAUUUCAGCAUCGACUCCGAUGUUAUGCUCACAAACCGACAGACACUGAAGCUACUCAUGGAACAAAACAGAAAUAUAAUUGGCCCUCUUGUCACCCGUCACGGCAAACUGUGGUCCAAUUUCUGGGGAGCUCUGAGUUUGGAUGGCUAUUAUGCCCGCUCUGAGGACUACAUUGACAUUGUGCAGGGGAAGCGAGUUGGCGUGUGGAACAUUCCAUACAUGGCCCAUGUUUACCUCAUCAAAGGCGAGACUUUAAGGAAUGAGCUGAAGGAGAGGAACGUUUUCGUCCUGGAGAAGCUCGAUCCUGACAUGGCUUUGUGUAGAAAUGCCAGGGAGUUGACAAUACACAGAGAAAAAGACUCUCCUUCUCCGGAAUCAUUCCAUAUGCUCAGAUCCCCAAAGGGAGUUUUCAUGUACAUUACAAACCGUCAUGAGUUUGGAAGGCUUAUUUCUACAGCCAACUACAACACAUCCCACUUGAACAAUGAUUUAUGGCAAAUAUUUGAGAACCCAGUGGACUGGAAGGAGAAGUAUAUCCAUCCCAACUACACCCAGAUUUUCACAGAGAACCAUCUGGAACAGCCAUGUCCAGAUGUGUUCUGGUUCCCUGUGCUGUCUGAGCGAGGCUGUGAUGAGCUGGUGGAAGAGAUGGAGAACUACGGCACUUGGUCUGGUGGACAACAUGAGGACAAGCGCAUUGCUGGAGGAUAUGAGAGCGUCCCCACUGAUGACAUCCACAUGAGACAGAUCGGGUAUGAAAAGGAGUGGCUGCACUUUAUCAGAGAGUUCAUCUCACCUGUCACACUCAAGGUCUUCUCUGGAUAUUACACCAAGGGCUAUGCUAUCAUGAACUUUGUGGUGAAAUACACUCCUACCAGACAGGCCUAUCUGAGACCUCACCAUGACUCAUCUACCUUCACCAUCAACAUCGCACUCAACCAUAAAGGCACAGAUUUCCAGGGUGGAGGCUGCAGGUUCCACAGGUAUAACUGCUCGAUAGAGUCUCCAAGGAAAGGCUGGAGUUUCAUGCACCCAGGCAGACUAACACAUCUUCAUGAAGGACUUCCCACCACCAAUGGCACACGCUACAUCGCAGUGUCCUUCAUUGACCCUUAACUUCCUUCUCUGAGGGAGAGGUUUUAGAUUCUGCGUGUGUGAUUUGUUGACUUUUUGUUCUUAUUGUAGAAAAGUUUUUGGGUUGCGUCUUUUGUGUCUUUUACUGCUGUGCAAAGAAAAGGAGUUCAGACAGUCACCAAAGAUGCACACAGAUCACUCACGGUUACAAUAAUUAGGAUAUUUUUUAUUUUUAUUUUUUAAUAAAAAAAAAAAAAAGAUCACUCACGGUUACAAUAAUUAGGAUAUUUUUUAUUUUUAUUUUUU